CGCUCAUACACUUUUUAAUUCUUAAUAUUAUUUAGUUGACCGCAUAUUUUAAAUAUUUCACACUAGCUUUAUACAAUAUUAUUGCGCUCAUGGCAACUGCCACUUUUUAUGCCCACGCGGGUUUAAUGCUGGCCGCCCUGGUGACCGGAGCCUCUGCUUUCCAGCUAACAUGUUCUGACUUUUCCAGGCGCAAGCUGGAAACAAACAGGCUGUUUGGCGCGGUGUGUCUGGCCAACUUUGCGCUUUCAUUUAACCAUUUUACCGAACAUUCAGCGGAAUCUGUCAUUGCGUUGGCGGCUGUUUUUCUUCUGACUGCGUUUUCGCUGGUGGCUCAAACAAACUUUUCCAAAAACAACAACUUUGCGUGUGCCAUUUUGCAUGUCACACGCUUUUAUUGGAUAAUAGAAUAUUCAAGCAAUUACUCUCUGGCUGCUACCACCUUGGGUGUAGGAUUGCACAUGUUUUCUGCAUGGUGCGGGAUUGGAAAGUCGUCUCAGAAAUCAAUUAUAAGCACGGUGAGCGAUUUAUUCAUGUUCAGAUGUUUCAACCUGAUAAGGCUAGCGUGCCAGGACAAGCUAAGUAUGGAAGCUGUUUAUAAUCUGGAGCAAGAAGCCGAAAAAAUACUCCACUGGACCCUACAAAACAUUAAGUACAAGGUAUUUGACGAAUUGCUUUACAAAUGUCUUAUUACAAAUGGUAACACUAACAACUUGUAUGCUAUUUUCUUUAUGUUUUUUGUUUUAAAUUGAAUUUUACAUUAUUCGAUAUUUGAUUGCUGUCGAGUGGAAAACACUGAUAACUGCUGCUAUUGGUAAAGCUUUUCCGAGAAUGGUAAGGCCCAAGCGUCGUUUGGCGCUUAUUUCAAUUAUUGCGAUGAUUGGAAGCAACAAAUUUAUUAAUUAUCCUACAUUAGCCCUAAUAUUCAUAAAUUGGGCAUGCCUGGGAACCACACACAAUUUAUAUAAAUAUUUAACUACUUAUACAGAUAGUAAAA